UCCACUGUCGUUACCAACUGUGGUGUUACAUUGCAAGUGGGUAUCAAAACGCUGGUUUUCUCUAAUCUCUACUCCUUGCUUUGCUCGACACUUUAUUACACAACACCCACAUGUACACCACCCGUUUAGCCUGAUCUUCUACUACCUUGAUUGCCACUUAAGCCGACGGCUCCUCAUAACAACUAAUUCUGAAUCUGAAUUGAAAUCCGUGGCGGCUUAUCUACACAAUAAAUGUGAUCCGAAUACUAGUUCACUUCAAGCUUGUUGUAAUGACUUGCUGUUAUGCCGCGUUAAAAGGGUGCAGCAACAUUGUCCCCCAAUCAAUAUGGUCUCUUACUCUAUCAUCAAUCCAAUCUCUAGACAAUGUCUCGCACUCCCUCCACGUUUAGUUCCGCAUUUUCCUCCUCAUGGGAUUUUGGACAUACGGCUUGGAAUUAUCUGCAGCUAUGACUACAAUAAUGAUAAACAAGUACAACUCAGUUCUAGUUUCAGGGUAGUGCUCAUUCCUUGGUCCCGCACCAAGUUUACUACCCAAUUUAAGGUACACAUUUUCUCUUCCGACACCGGAGAAUGGAGCGACUCUGUGGUUUUGUGUCCUCCCAACCUGUACGGAUUUAACUUCUCUAUCAUCGCUUUACCCACUAUCCCUUAUAAAGGUUUUCUUUUUUGGUCUAUUGAUGGUGGCCAUCUUCUCGGGUUUGAUCCUUACAACAGUGCAUGUUGUGUGAUUGAGAAGCCUGUACAAUUGGAGCAAGGCCGCAAUCUCGAUUGCCUUGGACUGUGUCACGGCUGCCUGAGGACAUCUCAGGUCUCAGGGAGCCCUCAUUGUAAUGAGCAUCCCUGUUUACGCAUUUGGGACCUCAUGGACUUUGACAGCAAUAAUAAUAAUAAUAAAGACAAAUGGUGUUUGAAGCACGAGCUGUAUUUCAACCAAAUGGUUUCAGAAAAAUCUCCUUGGCUCACACAAUAUGUAACCAGCAUGUUUCCUUCGGUCUCAGUGCUAGCUUUUCAUCCCAAUGAUGCCAAUGUCGUGUAUUUAAUGAUUCAAUCGAAGGUUGUCUUUUGCAACUUGCAGAGCAGAACCCUGGAAGUCUUUUGUCAUGUUCCUCAGAGAGAGCACGUUCAUUAUUUUACUUACCAUCCCUUAUCCUUUGUGCUACCAUCUUGGCCAACUCCCAUUCCUUCUGUAAGGGAUGCCAUUGCUGACUACCCCCAAUAGUAAUUAAUGUUAUGCUGCUUUCAGGUUUCUGUAUUAUGGUUUCGAUUUGCCUCUCUAUUAUUAUGUUGCACAAUGCUGUUAUUGCAAAAAUUUAUAAUUCCUAUUACUUUUUGGUUACUUUUAA